AUGGCCGCCGCCUCCAAUGAAGAAGCAAAUUACAACCUCGCCUCGAACCCUAAAAGCAGUGAUAUUGUACGCCCUGUUAUCGCUAAUUUCCCUCCUAGUUUGUGGGAUGAUCGUUUUACUUCAUUUGACAUGGAUAUCCAGUUGUCAAGCAUGUACGCUGAAGAGAUUAAGGUGCUCAAGGAAGAAGCACGAAAUAUGCUAACCUCGGUCGACAUCAAAUUGUCUGAGAAACUGGUUUUAAUCGACACAAUCGAACGCCUCGGUUUAUCUUAUCACUUUGAAAAUGAAAUUCAAGAACAGCUCACAUUAGCCUUCAAUGGCCAUCUCAAACUCGAGCUCGACGAAAACAAUGAUUUGUUCAUCACCUCAUUGCAGUUCAGAUUGCUGAGGCAGCAUGCCUUGGAUGCACCUUCUUUAUAUGCAUGCAAUAAUUUAUUAUGGCAUAUUCAUAUAUAUGCAGCAAUUUUCAAAAGAUUCACCGAAAAUAAAAAUGGUGAAUUCAAGAAAGCCCUUUGUACUGAAAUUGAGGGUGUGCUGAGUCUAUAUGAAGCAACAUAUUUAAGAAGACAAGGAGAGGAGAUUUUGGACAAGGCUUUUUCUUUCUCUAAAGCUUAUCUUGAGUCUGUUGCUCCUAAUUUACCCGAAUUGCCACUCAAGAAACAAGUAUUGCAUGCUCUUGAUCAAUCCCUCCACCGAGGCACUCCAAGAGUUGAAUCCCGUCGUUUCAUCUCAUUGUACGAAGAAGUUGAAUCCAAGAAUGAAUCAUUGUUGAGGCUGGCUAAAUUGGAUUUCAAUUUGCUACAAAUGCUGCACAAAAAUGAACUAUCUGAACUCACCAGGUGGUGGAAGGAGAUGGACCUUAUUUCGAAGCUUUCGUAUGCUAGAGAUAGAGUUGUAGAGUGCUAUUUUUGGGCUUUGGGGGUUUAUCACGAGCCCCAAUAUUCUAGUGCUCGAGUCAUGCUAGCUAAAACCAUAGCUAUCAUAUCUGUGAUAGACGACACAUACGAUACAUAUGGAACAAUCGAAGAACUAAAAGUUUUCACCGAUGCCAUACAAAAAUGGGAUAUAAGGGAAAUCGAUCGACUCCCAGACUACAUGAAGAUAUGCUAUAGAGUUGUAUUGGAUCUUUACGAAGCCUUUGAUGCAGAGUUAUCUCCAAAAGGAAGAUCAUUUGCCGUUCAUUAUGCCAGGGAGGCGAUGAAGGAAAUUGUGACGAGUUACUACGUUGAGGCUAAAUGGUUCGUCGAAGGUGAUCAUUUGCCGUUAUUUGACGAGUACAUGAGUCAAGCCGAGAUUACAGCCGGUGCCUACUUUCUGACAAUAACAGCCUACCUUGGCAUGGACAAUGCAACAAUUGAAGUAUUCGAUUGGCUUUUGGCUAAACCUAAUAUUCUCAAAACUUGUAACGUAGUUGUUCGUAUCAUUGACGAUGUUGCCACAUACGAGGACGAGAAGAAGAGAGGGCAAGUGGCGACGGGGAUUGAUUGCUACAUGAAGGAGCACGGUGUAUCGAAACAAGUGGCAAUACAAUGCUUGCAAGAAAUUGUUGAGGUUAGAUGGAAAGAUUUGAAUGAAGGGAUCUUGGAUAAUUCCGUCUCGAUGGAGAUUCGCAUGCGAGUUUUCAAUUGGGCACGAGUUGCCGAAAUAACGUAUAAGCGUAAACAAGACGGAUACACCUAUCCAGAGAAAGGGCUCAAGCCCCACGUCGUAGCUCUACUUCUUCAAUCUUUCGAAAUCUAG